AUGAAUGCAGAGCCUGCGCGUUCAAUCCCGCAACGUACAGCGGAGGCAGAGCCUUCAGAGAUAUCAACAAUACCAGGAAGUUCUGAGUCACGGGUUAACAAUGCCAAGGAAGGGGUUGAUUCUCUUAUUCAUGAUGUGGAGGGUUGCGGAGAUGAUGACCAGUGCCUUGAUGAUGUCUCUGAAAAUCUGGCAUUCUGCACUCUUGCAUCCUAUGAAGGCUUUAAGCAAGACAACCUCAGUUGGCUCGCUCUCCAAUCUUCAAGUGUAGGGAAAGCGCAGAGAUUGUUGCUGCAAGCUUGCCUGAACCCCAAGUCACGAACAGCUCUUUUUCAUCGUAUUACGCAAGAGUGGGAAGACAUUAAGGAAAGCGAUUGUGGGCAUGGUUACUUGAGGGAAGAUGGGAAGUCUGAUGUUUCGAGAUUUCUGAAAAGUUUGCUUCUCUGGGCAAAAUGGCACCUGGGAUUUUGCGUGAAAUCGGUUUGUCCGGAGCCUGGAAUUCAUAACUGGAAGGAUGUGCAGGUGCGAAUGCACGUGUACAAUAUCAAAUAUGCAAUCUUGGACGAUGCCACUUUUCAUCUCUUUGAACAGUAUCGCGUCCAAAUCAACGUCAUAUUAACUUCUCAUUGGAAAUUUCUCCCACCGGAAGAAAAUAAAGCUCUCAAGUCGGUCAUAUAUGUCCAAAAUAUUCAUUUGCAUGAUCCAUCAUCUCAGCAUCCUAUGGUCAUCCCACUUUUGCCCCGUCUGUUAGUUUUCGCACCAUCUCAUUCCCGACCCGACCCAGCCCAUGACGCAAAUCCUCCUUUAGCUCCUUGUCCGCUUUUGUCGACUACGUACAAAGACUAA